ACCCGCUCGUCUCUUCGCAAAACCAGCAGUCGGUAUGACCUUCUUGUCAUCUCUGCGGAUCCUUCUCGUCGCUUCUAGUCUUUCGGCUGUAAUUGCUGAUCAGGUCAUCUACUCGGAUGACGCUCUGAGCAAUGGAUGGCAAGACUGGUCUUGGGGCACAACGUUAGACUAUUCUGCCACUAACGUUAAGGAAGAUGCUAGCAGUAUUGCUGUGAAUUCUACUGCAUGGGCCGCACUCUCAUUGAAGAGCCUUUCGACAAUUGGAUCCUUUGCUGGGCUUCGUUUUGAUAUUGCAGGUGAUCAACCUGAAUUACAGUUCUACAUUCAGAGCACAACAGAUGACUCGCAAUCUCCGACGAUCCCUUUGACUGCGCUCAGCAAAAAUAUCACUUCUACUGGUUUCGCGUCCCUGUUAUUGGAUUUUAGUGCUCUUCCUCCAGCAGGGGACCCAUUGGGUAACGGUACUUGGGACCGCAUUAAUUUUCAAGCUGAAGGCAACGGCGCAAUCUACAACAUCGACAACAUCAUCCUAGUAGACAGUAUCGUUGUGGAACCCAAGUUUCUUAGUGCUGAGCCCAUAGGCACGAACACGGUUGCAGUCACUGGGCAAGGUGCAAUCGAUUAUUCCAACAUCAGCGUGAUACUCAACGGUAAAACGGUCAAAGUUUCGAGCAUCAAAAGUGUGCCUUCGGUAGACGUAUCAACAAAAUCAAUAACAUACGUGACUCUGGGUUCUCAAUUUACCCCCGGCACGCUGGUCAUCACUACCGGUGAUGGUACCUCCUUCAGUUACACACUUCCUGCAGCACUUUCUGGCUCAAUCAACCAACUCAAUGCCUAUCCUAUCAACCCUCAUAUCUAUGGCGUAAACUUCCCUACCUCUGCUUCCUACAUUCAGCACCUUGGUGUUACGAUCUCUCGAAAAGGAGGCAAUGCUGAAACCGCUUAUAAUCCUUUCGGUGAUUUCACCAACGCUGGGAACGAUUGGUAUUUUGAGAACCGCGCUGCUGAUAAUGCUGAUGAUUGGGUCGGUUGGGUGAAGGGAGCAAACUCUGAAGCUAUAUUGCUGCUUCCUGCUUUGGACUGGGUAUCGAAAGACGCGACCUCCUACUCAUACCCACGAACGAUAUAUGCUGACCAAGCCGCAUAUGAUCCUUAUAACUCUGAUGCCGGCAGCGGCCAAUUUGCGAAUGGGUCUUGGGUGACGCCACCGGAUCCCAGUAACGUUUACGCCCCGUGGAAGCUGACGGCUGCGAAGUCGUAUCUUUCCGGUCUUACUAACAAGCCUCAACUUAUUACAAUCGACAAUGAGAUAGAAAUUGCAUCAAAUACUCAUCAAGAUAUGCAUCCGAUACCUCUCGGGUACGAUGAAAUUCUCGAACGAGUCCUCAGCUUUUCAGCUGUGGCGAAACAAGCUAUUCCUAGCGUACAAGUUGCAGCGCCUUCCACCUGCGCUUGGUGGUACUACUGGACAUCAAUAGUUGGUGACGCGGAUAAGAUGGCGCAUAACGGAUCGGACUUCCUUCCUUGGUUCCUUACCCAGCUGCACGCCCACGACAGGCAAACCGGAAAACGUCUGCUCGAUUUUCUCGAUAUCCAUUACUAUUUCGCUCCGGACACCUCCGCCAACGAUGAUGCAGCCAAAGCGCUUCGUCUUCGUAUGUCUCGUUCCCUGUGGGAUCCCACCUACAUCGACGAAUCUUGGAUUUCUGGAACACCGUCAAACUCUCAGCCGAAUCCAGACAGAGUCAUGUUGAUUCCAAGAAUGCAAGCGUUGAUUGAGAAGUAUUACCCUGGAACUAAGCUUUCGAUUGGCGAAUGGUCGAGUACUUCGGAUACGGACUUGACUGGCGGGUUAUUGACGGUUGAUGUGCUUGGGAUCUUUGGGAGGUAUAAGCUGGAUCAGGCUACUUAUUGGGCAACGCCGGACGAGAAAGGCCCUAUCGGACUCGCGUAUUGGCUCUUCCGAGGGUAUGGAACAUACUUCGGCGACCUGAACGCGCAAGUUUCGAUCCCAAAAAUCGACCCCGACGUUCUCAGUGUGUACGCUGGCACGAACAUUCUUCGUAACAACGCCACCCUCAUAAUCGUCAAUAAACAUCCAAAGGACCCCGUGGCACUUGAUUUAGCAGGAGUACCUAAGGGUACCUAUUUCUUACGACACUUCGGUGGUCAGGCAGGCAUUGCAAAAUUCCAGACGACCGUCGCUGUGGAUUCCACCAAGUACAUCGUUGUCCCAUCGUACACUGCGGUCUUCUUGCAGAGGCAGAAAUAAGGGGCCGACAAGCAUCCAAUGCCGUGUUAUUGAAAGACCGAAAACAUCUAUGAAUCGGUCCACACAACACAGUAUCCUGCUAGUGUAUUGGGAAAUAACUUUAUCACACCUGC